CUUUAUCAACUCAGUUUUAUCAUAGAUAAAGAGCAAAGGAAAUUUACUUAUAGAAAAAUUCAUUUUAUAAAAGUAAAAAUUAGAUCAACUCAAAUAUUUUGUUAGUUAUAAAGUUAAAUGAAUGCUUAAGUUGUGCCUAUUUAGCCAAGAAGCGCAAGAGGAGUUGGCAUGAACUCAUAAAUAUCUUCAUUGUCAUCUUAAAGUCGUUAAUCACAGGAUCAACAAAAUUAGUUAAAUUAAAGGAAUUAAUAAAGCGAUUAAAGAAGAAAUUAAGUAGCAGGAUCGCAAUCGAUUUCCUCAAACAGGAGUUAAGGUGCUAACUCAGCGAGAAAUGGAAAUAGAGCAGGAAGUGUUUUGAAUUCGGAAAGAGGAUCAGAGUUGCCUCUUAAUGUUGGAAGAAAUUAAAGAUCACUUGCUUCUAAUAGAAUUAGUGGAGUCUUAGGAGUAGGUAUAUAAAAUGGGAAUGGAUCAAAUUAUAGUAGGAAUAACUCAUAUUAGAGAAGUUUAUCAUAAUAGUAGAAUAAUAGUCAAAAUAGACCUAAUAGGAUUGCGAGCUUACAGUAUUCAGAAAAUCUAUCAGUUUUCCAUGAAAAUACAUUUGUUAAUUAAAUUUAUAACCAAGAAUGGGAAUACAGAACGUUUGUGCAUUAUUUUGAAUUAGUUUAUCACUAAGUUAUGAUCUGUCUUUUUUCCUUUUUGAUGACAACUGUAUUUUUGUUCAAGAUCUCUUAUGCUAUUCCUAUGGUUCUAUUCUUUGCAUACGAUAUAAUAAGCAUAGUCCGCAGUUCUUAUAGAUUAACACUUUAUUCAUGUUAAAAAAACAGAAUUAAAUGUAGAAUUAUCAUGCUCGAAAUAUUUUGUUUGAUAAUUGCAAAAAUCUUAGCAAUUAUUUAUAUUCAAGCCUAGCUCUUUUAUUCUUUAUUUACGAUGAUACCAAUAAGUGUUUAUUGUUUAUUAAGAAUUAUUAUUUAUAAGUUGGAGAGAAAGAGUGAAGACUGUAAUUCCCUAAUCAACUUUUUCUUAUUAGGCUUUAGAAUAUUUAUUUUAUUAUUGAGCUUUUCAGUCUGCUUAAAAAUGGAUUAAUAUGUUGAUUGGAAUUGGUAAUAAACAUUUUGGUCUUAUUGGAUCAUAUUUUCAGUUAUGGUAGGCAUUGUUUUUGGAUCUUUUCUAAUGUUUUUAAGUAAAUUAUUCUAAGUGUGUUUGAAUGAAGCUUAAACCUUUGAGUUGAAAGGGAUAUUUUGGGCUUUCUUUAAUGUUGCAGGAGUUACUACUGGAUCUUGUUUAUUUCUUUUUGGUGUAAUUGAUUACCUGGAUAAUAACGAAAAAAAUCAGCUGUUAAUUUUUCUUUACUUUGUUAUGGCCUACUUUGCUUUAUAUGUUUUUAUAAGCUCUUAUUGGAGAACUUCAAUUUUGUAUUAUUUAAAAUCUAUGUCAUCUUUUGAUACUGAUUUUGUUAGAAAAUAAUUCUAACAAAAAAUAUAAUAAAAUACCCAAUAAAAUAUCGAUCCUACAUAAGCUAACUAAAAUGCAUAAAAUCAGCAAUUAAACGACAAUGAUAAUGAUUAACAAAAUGACUAAUAAAAUUUAUAGCAAAAUGAAGAAGAUGAAGAUAAAGAAAAAGCUGAGAAUAAAUCUGAUAAAUAAAUCGAGCAACCACUUUUUAUUCCUAGAUUUUUAGAGAAACUUACAAACACUUUCUUCAAAAAAACAGAUCCUAAAAUGAAUCCUAAUGAAUAUUUUAAGCAAAAAUAGAAAGAAAAAUAGUAAAAAGAAGAACAGAAAAAAUAAAAAAUUCAACCAAAGAAGCAACAGCCUAAAAAGGCUAAUAAAAAUGAUGAGUAAAAUAAAUAAAGUUAAAUAGUUUUACAAAACUCUAACAAUAGUAAUACCAAAAAAAAUAUGCUUGAUAAAAACCACGGAAGAUCAGCUUCUUCAAUAGUAUUUGAUUAUAGCAGCUUUUCAUAGAGUUCAGGUAAUAAAUUUGGAUUUGCUAAUGAACUGCUAACUUCACUCAAAAAAGGAGCAAAUAAUAUAAUACAAAAUAUGCCCUUUAAGAGACCUAGCUAAAAUGCCGUCUCUUUAGCAGCAUAAGACAAUAUAAAUAACAAUCAAAACAAUAAUAAUCAAAUUUUACUCCCUUUUACAGAAAGCGAUGAAUUAAAUCUUAAUUAGAACAAAGACAGCAAAGAUUGUGUAUUAGAAUUCGAAACAUAAGAAUCUGAAAGAGAAGAUAUAAAUUAGAAAAAUGGUAUUCCAAGUUAGAGAAAUAAGGAAUAGCAUGUUUCCAUCAUAGAAAAUCCAUUACAAGCAGAAAAUAGCCAAAAUGGAACAAAUAAUACUAAUAAUUAAAUACAAUAAAAUAUCAAUAUUUAAUAAAAUAACAAUAAAAAAUUAUAUUAAAACCAAUUAUUUAAAAAUAAUAAUGAUGAAAUUAAUGACUAAUAACAAGAGUCAUAAUAAAAUUAAGUUGAGUUAAUAUAGCAUAAUAGUGAUGAUGAAGGAUAACUUAACACAAUUAUUGAAGAAAAAAGUAUCCUUGAUUAAACAAAUAACAACAACAUUAUCAGCAAAGCCUAAAAAAGAGAGAGAAAUUUAAGCUAAUGCGAUGCUUACUAAAAUAACUAAGGAAUUCCUUCCAUACAAAACAUUCCAAAUAGUCCUAAAAACUACUAAUUUGGGAAAACAUAGAACAAUCCAUUAAUUAGCAGUUAUAAAAAGAAAGAUGACGAAGUUCUACUUUAAAAUACAAAUGCUAUUGCUAAUAGUAAUAACAGUAAUUAGCAUAGGAGGUUUUUAAGUGCAUAACUUACAUCUUAAAUGAAUUUCAACAGAUAGUUAUCACUUAAAAACGAAAAUUAAGAUUCAACUAAUAAACUUCCAUUACCUCCUUUUGAAGAGGAGAGCUCAAUCUGCGAUCAAUCUUAGUAGAGUAAAUGCUAAUAAGAUCAAAGCUCUAUGAUGUCUUGCAGUAGAAUGGAUAAAUCGACUAACACUUGCUUGGUUUGCUUCGAUAAAUCCCCUGAUUCAGUCUUUAUGGAUUGCGGUCAUGGAGGUGUUUGCUAUGACUGUUCAUUAGAAAUAUGGAAGAAAACUGGUGAAUGUUAUCUGUGCAGAUUGAAAAUAGUUCAAGUUCUCUAAGUAGACUUAAAGAGUAAAGUGUAUGGACUUAUGAAAGUCAUUUCUUCAACUCAAAUGGUACAAAGGGAGGUUGAUGAAAGUGAGCAAUCAUCUCAGCCACCUCUCGAAGAAAUAGAGGAAGAUGUUCAAGAGCAGGAUUGA